AUGCCUCUAUCCAACGAGGUGCCCAUGUCCAGGAGUGGGCAGGCCCAUUAUGUUCGCACUCAAGAUUAUAACACCUCGCCUCGGUUUGCCGGGUCAAAUACAUCAAACGGCACAUUGGGUUUGACGGCGGCAAUUGAUUCCGAAGAGGACGAUGGCACCGAUGUCGUUGUCGUUGAUCCCAAACUCUUCGAUCCCAGCACUCACCAUUUUGCAGAAGGUGAUUUUAUUUGCCCCGGGUUCUUCUCUCUCGCUAAACUUGAUGGAUUCACCCGACGCUUCAAGUUUUCGCAGUGGAACUAUGACAUGCGUCGCGAGCCUCAAUUUAUAUUCCCAUUUCUGGCCCUCGGCCCUUCUUCCUGUUUGCGCGACCAGGUAUCCCUCCAAGCACAUGGAUUCACACUUCUCCUCGCCAUUCGGAAUACGCACUCCGCCCACGCCCGACUUGUUUCUGGUGACAAGGCCGCCGCAAAUAUAGGCAUCCUGGCCGAUACUAUUGAUGUCCUUGAUAAUCAAGAGCUUAUAUCGACGUUCCCAAGGGCGAUCCGCCGCAUCAACGACCAUCUCGCGGGCGCGGAUGUGCCUUCAACCGCGAUUCCAAGCCUGAGAGAUGACCCGUCUCGGAUGCGGAAAGUCCUCGUCUUCUGCGAGUCUGGGAAUGAACGUUCCGCUAGCGUGGUGAUUGCGUACAUCAUGGCCAUGCUCAAUAUGGACACAUUGCCCGCAACACGGAUGCUACAACAGCGGCGCUUUUGUAUCUCGAUUGAUGAUGCUAUGACCCAAAUCCUCCUUUCGUUUGAGUCUAUCCUUGCUGCCAAGCGCGAUGUCGAAAGAGCCCGACGCGCGAAUAUCCAAAUAGGAGCCGCGACCCUCGCUCCUCCGCCUAUACCCCCCCGUGAUGCUUGCGAAGAAGCGAAGUUUUGCAGAUCGACAAUUUGA